CAACUAAAAGCAAAUAAGCUGCUUUCAAUUUCUUUUAACAAUCAUUUAUAAGUUAUAUAUAAGAAAUAUAUAUUCGAUCGAUCAUGGCAGAUGUGAAGUCAUCAGUUGUUUCACUAUUCCUAUUGGGCCUGUUGGUGGUGGUGCUGCAAAGCGGGGUGAUCGAGUGUCAGCCGCAGAUAUGCAACCCAUCGCUUACAAGCCUGAACGUGUGCGCACCAUUUGUGGUGCCAGGUGCACCCUCUGCUAGCGCGGAGUGUUGCACAGCACUGCAAUCAAUUAAUCAUGGCUGCAUGUGCGACACUAUGCGUAUCGCAGCUCAAAUUCCCGCUCAAUGCAACCUCCCUCCUCUCUCUUGUGCUGCAAAUUGAGUUUGAGGUCAGUGCCAGCAAUUUUACAGCCGCUACAUGAGCAAAUUAAAUGAUAUUGUAACAAUAAAUUUACGCUGUUCCUUCUAUCUCUUCUUUCUUUUUGUUUGUGUUGCUCUUUAACUGAUGUUGUCACUCCUCUGAUCGGCGACAGAGCAAGGUUAGGAAAGAGCUUGUACUGUCAUAUGAUCAUCGAUAAAUAAAAUAUGUGACUUGAUUAA